CGUGAUGUCACCACGCCGGCGGCCGCCAUUACAGAGAGUCGAGCUCCGGGACUAGAUCGAGCGGAGAAGGGCAGCGGCUGGUGGCCGGGUACUGCAGGGAGAGUUCGCGGGUUCGCGCUAGCGCCGAGCAGCCGCCAGCAGCCACACAGGUACCGCGGGAACCGGCGGCGGCGUGUGCGUGUGGCCCGUGUGCGGGCGGCGGCGCGGCAGCAGCGCGGAGCGGCAGCAGCGCGGAGCGGCAGCCGGUUCGGACGGGUGGCAUCAUGGACGAGAAGGUGUUCACCAAGGAGCUGGACCAGUGGAUCGAGCAGCUGAACGAGUGCAAGCAGCUGUCUGAGUCCCAGGUCAAGAGCCUCUGCGAGAAGGCUAAAGAAAUCCUGACAAAAGAAUCCAACGUGCAGGAGGUUCGAUGUCCAGUCACCGUCUGUGGAGAUGUACAUGGGCAAUUUCAUGAUCUCAUGGAACUGUUUAGAAUUGGUGGCAAAUCACCAGAUACAAACUACUUGUUUAUGGGAGAUUAUGUUGACAGAGGAUAUUAUUCAGUUGAAACAGUUACUCUGCUUGUAGCUCUUAAGGUUCGUUACCGUGAACGUAUCACCAUUCUUCGAGGAAAUCAUGAGAGCAGACAGAUCACACAAGUAUAUGGUUUCUAUGAUGAGUGUUUAAGAAAAUAUGGCAAUGCAAAUGUUUGGAAAUAUUUUACAGAUCUUUUUGACUAUCUUCCUCUCACUGCCUUGGUGGAUGGGCAGAUAUUCUGUCUACAUGGUGGCCUCUCACCAUCCAUAGAUACACUGGAUCACAUCAGAGCACUUGAUCGCCUACAAGAAGUUCCUCAUGAGGGUCCAAUGUGUGACUUGCUGUGGUCAGAUCCAGAUGAUCGUGGUGGUUGGGGAAUAUCUCCUCGAGGAGCUGGUUAUACCUUUGGGCAGGACAUUUCUGAAACAUUUAAUCAUGCCAAUGGCCUCACAUUGGUGUCUAGAGCUCACCAGCUGGUGAUGGAGGGAUAUAACUGGUGCCACGACCGGAAUGUAGUAACGAUUUUCAGUGCUCCGAACUAUUGUUAUCGUUGUGGUAAUCAAGCUGCGAUCAUGGAACUUGAUGAUACUCUAAAAUACUCCUUCUUGCAGUUUGACCCAGCACCUCGCAGAGGCGAGCCACAUGUUACUCGUCGUACCCCAGACUACUUCCUGUAAUGAAAUUUUAAACUUGUACAGUAUUGCCAUGAACCAUAUAUUGACCUAAUGGAAAUGGGAAGAGCAACAGUAACUCCAAAGUGUCAGAGAAUAGUUAACAUUCAAAAAAACUUGUUUUCACACGGACCAAAAGAUGUGCCAUAUAAAAAUACAAAGCCUCUUGUCAUCAACAGCCGUGACCACUUUAGAAUGAACCCGCAUUGCAUGCUGAAGCGACAUUGUUGGUCAAGAAACCAGUUUCUGGCAUAGCGCUAUUUGUAGUUACUUUUGCUUUCUCUGAGAGACUGCAGAUAAUAAGAUGUAAACAUUAACACCUCGUGAAUACAAUUUAACUUCCAUUUAGCUAUAGCUUUACUCAGCAUGACUGUAGAUAAGGAUAGCAACAAACAAUCAUUGGAGCUUAAUGAACAUUUUUAAAAAUAAGUACCAAGGCCUCCCCUCUACUUGUGAGUUUUGAAAUCGUUUUGUUUAUUUUCAGGGAUACCGUUUAAUUUAAUUGUAUGAUUUGUCUGCACUCAGUUUAUUUCCCUUUUCAAAUCUCAGCCUCAUGUUGUUCUUUGUUAUUGUCAGAACCUGGUGAGUUGUUUUGAACAGAACUGUUUCCCCUCCUAUGAGACGAUGUUACUGCACAAGAGCACUGCAGUGUUUUUCAUAAUAAACUUGUGAACUAAGAACUGAAGGUCAAAUUGUAAUUGUAUCAAUGAGCAAGACUGGUGCUGUUUAUUUAAAAGAUACAUCAAUUGAUAAAUUUUAGAAUUUGUAGAAUUCUAGGUAAAGAAAAAUAAAAAUCAAGGUCACUAUAUAAUCUCUCUGGUAACUCCUUGACAUUCUUCAGAAGAUUUUCCAGACUUAUUUGUAAUCCAGGUAGUACAAUUUGUCAGAUAGCCAGCGUGCUCUUCGUGGGUUCUUCUGCAUAUUACCUUGUCUGCAAGAAAGGAAAUCUGUGCAACUUCAGUAAGACUGGACUGUAAGACCAUAGAACUUGAGAUUUAAGUGUUUUGGUUUUUGUUUUAAUAAAACAUCAUGUUUUCAGGUAGAGCUUGACAAACUAAUGUGUCUACUUUUCAGUGCAGUUUCUGGUUAUAAAUAUCAUAUUGCUCUGUAUGUCAGAUGGACUAAAAAAAAUGAUGGACGGAUUUUGUACAUUGCUUGUCAUGUUAUCUUAGAGUUAACUUUGUCUCAGAUAAAAAAGCUGUUAAAGUAUUACCCUGUAUUAAGCUCUUUAAGUGCUACUAGUUAAACCAAGUAGAAAACUAUUGCUAGAUCUCGGUUCGGUGUUAUAUGCAUUCACCCAAGGACAAAAAUGGCAUUUGAAAUGAAGUGGCAGUGCUAAGCACUUAAUGAGUUUUCCCCACUCUUUUCUCCUUUGAAUAGGAUUAGGAAGUUAAAACAGUUCUUCUGUGGAAACUAAUAUUUGGUAAUCUUCAGCUAUCAGGGUAAACUUCAGGGCACUUAAUCAUUACUUGUGUGAAUGUAGUAAUAAAAGUUUCUUUGCUUUGUA